UAGUGCGUCACGAAGACCCCGAGCAGCCCGGCACUUCAUUUACAACUCCUGCAUUAAAACGACGCAACUGGAUUUUGAACAGCAGCAAAGCUUAAUUAUUAAGGCACAUAUCUUCAUUUGGGAUUUGGAAUAAGUAUAAAUUAUGCGCACGUUUUCGUGACAGCGUUUUGUAUGACAUAAUUUGACAACUGACUUUUUUUUUUUUUCACCCAAGUUUUUGGAGAUAUAUAUAACUUGGACGUUUAACUUUCACCAAAGCGAUCGGAAGCAUGAAAUCAGCAGAUGAAGAUGCUUACAGCUACACGCCAAAUAUCAGCCUAUCCCUCCCACUAAGUAGUCCUUGCCUUCCCACCCAGUACCACAACCUUCAGACCAGUCCCUCCAUCUCUGUUUCUAUUAGCCAACCUUCAUCAUUCUCCCCCAGUGAAGACAUGGGCUCGAUGGGAUACUUCCAGUCAUCUGGCCCCAAUGGAGCUCCUGCUCUGGAAAGCCCACGCAUAGAGAUCACAGCUUACAGUCAGUUCCCUGAAGAUGAGGUGGAAGAGAACAAUGCACCUGUAGCAAAGCGUUUAAAUUCCGUUGUGACGUUAACAUUGCCUAGUGUGGAAGGUUACCGUGACCCCAGCUGCCUCAGCCCUGCUAGCAGCAUUUCAUCACGUAGCUGCCACUCGGAGGCAUCGUCAUACGAGUCAGGCUAUUCAUGCAAUUAUGAUAACUCACCACAGAACUCUCCAUGGCAGUCACCAUGUGUCUCGCCCAAAGGUUCCUCUUCGUUGCUGUCUGGAACCCUGGGCACAUCACCUCGCCAAUCGCCUGCAGGAUCUCCACGCACCAGCGUGACUGAUGAAAGCUGGACGGCGCCUCGUGGCUCCCGCUCAAAUUCCCCUUGUGGUGGGAAACGGAAGUACAGCUUCAGUGGUAACAACUCUCACAAGUACCAUCCAUAUUCACCUAACCAGUCACCAGGACUGUCUCCACAAACCUCACCUCGCCUCAGCAUGACCGAAGACACGUGGCUGCCUAACACCAACCAGUACACCAAUUCAGCCAUUGUGGCAGCCAUUAAUGCCCUCAGCACAGAUGGAAUGACUGAUAUCGGAGAGGGGAUUCCACUGAAGACCAGGAAAACCAGCAUGGAGCAUAGCGCUUCUGUUAGCCUCAAGACCGAGCCUGGUGGAGAAGAAACAGGCUCUACAGAGCUCUGUCAUGAGGACUAUUCCGCAUCACGGCUGGCAUUUAAGAAGGAGGGCUACACUAGCUUUCUUGAUGUACCGAUUCAUUCAUACUGGUCUAAACCGAAGACUUAUACCAGCCCAUCCUUGCCAGCGCUUGACUGGCAGCUGCCCUCCAGUUCUGGCCCAUACAGCCUACAGAUCGAUGUCCAGCCUAAAUCUCACCAUCGUGCUCACUAUGAAACAGAGGGAAGCAGAGGGGCUGUGAAGGCACUUGCUGGGGGACAUCCCGUUGUUCAGCUUCACGGCUACAUGGAGAGCGAGCCUCUGACUCUGCAGCUGUUCAUCGGGACGGCAGACGACCGUCUCCUGCGGCCACACGCCUUUUACCAGGUCCACCGCAUCACAGGCAAGACCGUGUCCACACCCAGCCACGAGAUCAUGCAGGCCAACACCAAAGUGCUGGAGAUUCCACUCCUGCCCGAGAGCAACAUGAGGGCCACAAUCGACUGUGCUGGCAUCCUAAAGCUGCGAAACUCAGACAUCGAGCUGCGGAAAGGUGAGACGGAUAUCGGUAGGAAGAACACGCGAGUCAGGAUGGUGUUCCGCGUCCAUAUUAACCAGCCCAAUGGCAGAACCGUGUCCCUGCAGGUCGCAUCCAACCCCAUCGAAUGCUCCCAGCGUUCGGCACAGGAGCUGCCUCUUGUGGACAGACAGAGUGUGGACAGCUGUCCUGCCACAGGGGGAGAGCGCAUGCUUAUUAGUGGCCAUAACUUCCAACCCGACUCCAAGGUGGUGUUUGUGGAGAAAGGACAAGAUGGUCAUCACAUAUGGGAGAUGGAAGCCAAGGUUGAAAAGGACUCCUUUAAACCUACCGCUUUGCUUGUGGAGAUUCCAACUUACCGAAACCAAAGAAUAUCCAGCCCUGUUCUGGUGAACUUCUACAUAUGCAAUGGCAAACGCAAGAGGAGCCAAUACCAGCGAUUCACCUACCUACCAUCUAAUGUUCCCACCAUAAAGACAGAGCCACAUGAUGACUACGAGCUCCCUCGGCUUUGUGCACAGCAGCAUUCCCCUGGCCUCACCAAGCCCUAUUACGCUCUGCAAGCUGUGCCUGCCAUGAUGCCUUCAGAACACAUAGCCUGUGUGACAGCCACUUAUGGCCCUCAGAGACUCACAGCAAAGCCUUCGUCCCUGUCCUGCUCCUCCUCCUCUCCCAGCACCAGCCCUAAACUGCAAGAUCUCUCACCUACGCAGUUCUCUCCUCAGUGCAUCUCUCCAGGCUCUACCCCUGGGCUUCAGCCGAAUGCCAUCCCUCACGUCUCAGCCAUCCAGCCCACGCCUGGCCACUACCAGCAGUCUGUUCUCUACCCAUCAGGCAGUACAUCCUCUUCUCCUGGCUCUCAUCCCUCUACCCCUAGUUCAGCACCUGAAGUCAUCUUUACUCCAAGUCACAGUUUGACCCAGUCUCCAGUCACAGGUGAGGCCACAGAGCUGCCUAAAGUUCCAGUGAGGAGUGGGCCAUCUCCUCUUUUACAGGAUGAAGGAGGACCUGCCACGCUGGCCAUCAGCAUCAAACAGGAACCACAGGAACUGGAUCAAAUGUAUCUAGAUGAUGUCAAUGAGAUCAUAAGGAACGACCUGUCCAGCAUCUCCGUACAUACCCACGCAUAGCGACAACGGGACGGGAAUCAGACAGAAGAAACUGACAUUUUGAAUCUUUCAUACCAGAACAAAAACAAGCGUCCACUUAGCCUGAGUGCAAAAACAACAAAGCUUUCGUCGAUUGCAAAGCUUACAAUUGUAAAGCAGUCAGAUCUAAAAGACUGACUAAAAAAAUGAAUUAAAAAAAAAGCAGCACAGACGUAUAUGGAAUAACAAUAUACUACCAAAACAAUGUGUGUGAACUGAUGGACCAAGCCCUGUGUAUGGUGUUAGGUUUUGGUUUUAAUUUGAUUUUGCCCCCUCUACAUUUCCUUGUGUAGCUCUUUAAAUUAUUACCCAAGUGCAAUUUGAUUUUCAUUAAUACCAUUUUAAUUGUCAAAUCUUUAAUGUAUGCACAUAUGCCAACACGCCUUAUCCACACCAGGCUGUUAUUGGCAUGUCACUCCGUUGUUGCUGUGUCAAGGAUUUUGCUAUGACCAUGGUAGGUCCAUGCCACGUCGUAGAAAACAAUGUUAUGUUUAUAUUAUGUUCUUGAGCUUAACACAUUUUUGGUGUGCAUGCUGGAGGUUAUCAUCCAUCUGUGUUACGGUUUAGAGAAUUCAGUACAAAUACUAGAUCGUAUUCCUCACACCACAAAGCACUGCACGUGUUGUGGCUAAUAGCAACGUAGCAAGUGUGUGAUAAGCUCCUGCUAAGAGUGUAGUGUGAUCUGAUUGCACACAGUAAUAAUUCAGUUUAAUUUCAUUGGAUGCAUGAUCAUGUGCAUGAUAGUAAAUGAUUGACAACAUGACAGGGACGAAGCUAGGAAGUAGUACAAACUUGAUAAAUGCACAUUUUCACCCCACUGUGUUCUCUGAUAUUUUUAGGAUGCUAUGGCAGCAUUAUGGUCUUCACUGUGUGAUGAGGGGUCUUAAAAUUAAUGGUCAUAUUAUUGUAAUUAGAUCAGUGACUAAUAUUGUAAUGAAUCAUGUCUGAAAAGCCAUUCCUUUUGCUUACAUUGAAAUUUUGAUAAGAUGUAACAAAACAAAUAACUGGAAUUGCAUUUUUUUAAAUAUAUUGCAAGAUAAUCAUAUUUAUUGUCUCUUCCUGAGCUGGAAUGAACUGUACACAGGAAACUACUGUACAUUACGUAGCGGGUUUUGUAGGAGAUUAAAUGCUAAAUGGAACAAGCAGUACAGCCUUACAUUUCAAUAAUUUCUAAACCAAAGUGUAUUAUUCAGGUUAGACCGUGAUCUGUUUUAUUCCUGAACUUCCUCUGCACUACCUAUAUAACACCUGUAUAUUCUCUGUGCCUCUGUGAGCAUUUUGUGCCUUAUGUGCAUCGAUAUGAACACAGAUUCCCUUUUCUGCUUAGUUGCAUGAUGCCCACUUUGGCUUUUUUUUUUAUAUAUAUAUAAUCAUUUUAUCUAGCCAAUGACAGGAAAAUAUUUUUUUUCCCGCAACUAUUUUCUUUUUUCUGAAACUCAAUAUUGUAAUAGUAUUGAUGCCAUUGUUUUUUAGGUUAUUAGCUAAUGUAUGCACUUUACAUUGUACUUCUCCUUAAUGAUCUCUUGAGGGAAAAAAAAUUUACAGCGUAUGAUUUUUGUAUUUUUAUUCCUGACAGUGAAUUCAUGAAAGUAACAUACCAGAAUACUGUUUUUCAUGCCAGCAUCUUGUAUCCCAAAUUUCAAUCAUAAGUACAUUUUUUUGCAUUAGCAAUAGCAAAAUAUGCACAAUAAAUGCAUUUAUUAAAGA